CAAUGAUGACGUCACGCUAGAGCCCGAAAGCAGUCUUGUCGGAAAGUGAGGUUGACGGUCGUGAUGCGUUUGGGAAGGAAAGAAACUUAAAAAAAAAAAAACAGCUUUUUGUGUUUUUGCUUGUCCAUGUAUAUAAUAAUCUGAAAUCCAAGCAAAACCGCAACGGCCGCAAAAGGAGGAGGCAGCAGUUUUGCGGAUGCUGUCGCUUCACCAUUUACGGCGGGAAGCGUACGUGUGAAAGGACCCUGACCUUGGCAAGAACAUCCACCGUGCGAGGAUGAAGGGACGGAAAGAGGACGCGCCAUCAGACUGGGGCUGCUUGGUGGGAAUAUCUUUCUUCAUCCUUGGCCUGGGAACGCUGCUACCAUGGAACUUCUUCAUGACUGCUUCAUUGUAUUUCCAAGCACGCCUGAACACAUCCAAAGUCGGCACCAACGGCAGCGACGUCACCGGCGAUUACGGCAAGUACUUCAACAGCUGCAUGACGUUGCUGUCCCAGCUGCCCCUGCUGCUCUUCACCCUGCUCAACUCCAUCCUCUACCAGAGGAUAUCCGAGGUCAUACGCAUCGCCGGCAGCCUGAUUUUCAUGCUGCUGCUUUUCGUCGUCACGGCCGUGCUGGUGAAGGUGGACAUGGACACUGAGCCCUUCUUCUCCGUCACCAUGGCGACCAUCUGGUUCAUUAACUCGUUUGGCGCCGUAAUGCAGGGCAGUCUCUUCGGCCUGGUGGGCAUGCUACCCCAGAAGUACAGCACCAUCUUCAUGAGCGGGCAGGGCCUCGCCGGGACUUUUGCCGCCACGGCCAUGCUGUUAGCCAAUGCCAGUGAUGCAGAUUCGGAAUCGGCGGCGCUGGGCUACUUCAUCACGCCGUGUGUGGGCACGCUGGUCACGCUCUGCUGCUACCUCCUCCUGCCCCGUCUGGAGUUUGCUCGCUAUUACUUCAACAGCAGCGCCAAGUACGAAGCCGGCGCCGCAGAUGAGCUACUGACAGCGGAGACUUCCGCAGCGGACAGCGGCAAACUCAGCAGCCACGCAAACGGCUCGGCGGUCGGCGGCCCGAGCAAGGACGACGCCCCGGAGGACGGGUCCCGGCCAGACAGAAGCAAGGAGGCGUUCCUGUCUCUGGAGCAGGCGGAGCCGAAGCAAGGCAAAGCCUCCGUCGUCCAGGUCUUCAAGAAGAUUUGGGUCAUGGCGUUCUGCGUGACGUUCGUGUUCACGGUCACGCUGUCGGUCUUCCCCGCCAUCACCGUCGACGUCAAGACGUCGUCACCUGAGUUCAACACGGCGUUACCGGGAAAUUGGGAGCGUUAUUUCAUCAACGUGUGCUGCUUCCUGACUUUCAACAUCAACGAUUGGCUCGGCCGAACGGUCACCACCUUCAUCUGCUGGCCUCGCAAGGAGUCGCGUCUCUUCCCGCUGCUGGUGGUCUCUCGCGUGGUCUUCAUCCCCCUUCUGAUGCUCUGCAACGUCCAGCAGCGCUCCCACCUCCCCGUCUACUUCGCCUCCGACGUGGUGUUCACGGUCAUCAUGGCGCUCUUCUCCAUCACCAGCGGAUACUUUGUCUGCCUGUCCAUGUCCUACGCGCCGCAAUUGGUGGAGGCCAAAGAUGCGGAGACCGCCGGAUCCUUGAUGACCUUUUUCUUGGCUCUGGGUCUGUCCGUCGGCGCCGCGCUGUCGUUCCCACUGCGGAAGCUGGUGUAGCCCUCGCGCGCACGGCAAAAUCAAUUGUGUUACGAGUUCGGUCACAGAACAAAUGAAAAUCUUCAGUCAAGGUAUUGCCGUACAUGGAAAACGAUCACAAGACGGAACAUGUACGCUGACGUUUUGGGAUGCCUUUAUUUAUUGACAUGUGUGAUGCAGUUUUUUUUUUUACAUUUCUUUACUUGAAGGAGAAAGGGACAAUGCACAAGUUGACGCACGUUUUGUUUUUUUUAGACGUUUUUUGCGGUUCUCCCGGUUUGUAUUUUUCCAAAGGAUCACGGCGACCAAAAAUGCCAAUGGACCUUUCCGAUGGCCCCUCAGCCGUGUCCCACAAGCUUCUAAAAAUGGCGAUUGAACACAACAUGUUUGAAGUCGAUUCUCUUAUCGCGUAUUCCAGAUAAUAUUGCGGUUUGUUUUUCGUCAGACUCGUCCAUGAGAGCUCUACAGAGACAUCGUAGACACUUCAACUAUGUUUUAGGCUUUGGAAAAUGAAUCAAGCAGGCCCCUUGUAACCUAGCAGGAUUAUCUUUCAUCAGAAUUGCACGGUCCCCAAGCGCAUAUGAGGACCAUUUUCUUCGUAACACUAACUUACAAUACGGCGAGAGGGGCGUGUCAAGCCGGGGGUUGAAACAAUGCGGCUAUCUGAUUGGCUAUUAUUGUACGAGUGAUUGACAGGUCGGAAAGGUCCAUUCAGUCAGGCGCCCUCAAUAGUUCACAAUGACGCCGACAUGCUGCCCUCUAGUGGAGGCAGGUUCAUUAGGUUACGUCUGCCAUCUCGUGGCAAAGCAUUUAAUCUGCCGGUUUGUUGCUGGUAUUAAAAAAAGUGAGGGAAUCAUUUUAUGGUAAAAUAGGACAAAAAAACAAAUAUUUGUCAUGUAAAUAUUUAAUAUGAAUAGCAUUUUUUUUCUUUUUUUUUUUUUAACUCUUUUGAGAUGUCUACCAUCAUUUUUUGUGUCCUUUUUCAUUUCCGCUAAUGCGCUGUGCCUCAGUACUUUGUUCACCGACGAACACGUACAAAGAAUGACAUUUGACUUUGCUCGAAUGCCAUUAAGCCUUGCUUUUAUUUUUCCAUGUGGGACACAAAAAAUAAAUACUUUUCACAGGGGGAGGAUGAGGGCCCUUGUGUUCAGCAUUUCAAGAGUUUGUAUUUUGAGUAAAAGAUCAAAAACAUUUUCGCACUUGCCUCGAGAAUGUGCAUCGGCAUCACAUCUGUUGACUGCGUCUCUGUUUCGGCGCUCUUUUGUUCCAAUACUUGCCAUUUCAGUCGCAGUACUGUUUUGUGUGUUCUUGACAUUUUUAUUGGAUGGAUCUUGAGCGUUAUACACGGGAAGAGAGAGAAUUUGACUGUAAAUAAAGGGCUUACAAAGGUU